AUGGCACCGUCCGCAAGCCAACGUCCAGCACAAUCCAGCGCCGCAGAUCCGUCCUAUGUUCGCCCUUCGUACCCCCUCAAUCGCGAAGCCCAAUUUGCAAUUGACGAACUCCUCCGGUCUAGCUCUCUUACCUCUCUCGAAAAGCAUCUCUCUCAGGCCAGCGACCUUCUUACCCAAUCCGCCGGGGAGAUCAACGACCGGCUCCAUGAAUCGCAAACGCGGCUCACCAAGCAGCGUGAGCGGCUCGAGUCGCGUGAAGCCGAUGGUGCAAGGCUGGUACAAGAGCGGGAAGAACAACUAGGAGAGAUGCGAGAGCGAGUGGAGACGAUGACGGAAAAGAUGGAGGAGCAGGUGCGGAAGAUUAUCGAUGCUCAGAAUGGGCUUGAGGAGAUCCGGAACAGUGUGGCAGCGGUACAGGGGGAGUGUAGCCAGUUGUCUCACCUUCCGGGGCGGACACAGGCCAGGCCGUCACAGCGAUCGAGGACCCAGAGGGUGGCGGAUGACGAGGAUGAGGAUAGAGAUACGGAGAUGGUAGAUGCGGACGAGAAUGAGGAGCAGGAGGAGCUGCCAGAGUGGGACUUUCCCAUUGCGUCUGAUAUCUUCCAAUCACGGCUAGAGGCCGCAAAACACGAGUAUCAGUCUCUAAGCCUGGCGACACGUUACGCAAAUCACAACACCUACAUCGACUUCCGACGUCUCGUGCACGAUUCACAGCAUCCCAACGAAGACGGCCCACCACUGCCUCGCCCAGAAACGUGGUUCCCAGAAGGAGAUGCACCUGGGCCCGGAGUCACCCUCUUCAAUCAAGGAGCCUCUAGACCUGGAGCCGAGGAAGAAUCGGACGAAGACUUGGCUGUCUCCCGAGCCACAAUCAGUACUAAAUGUCCGUUGACAUUGCAGGAAUUCAAGGAUCCAGUUACGAGUCAAAAGUGUCCGCAUAGCUUCGAGCGAGAUGCGAUUAUCGGCAUAAUUAAGCGGAGUACGCUACGGGUAGGUGGGAACGAAUACGUGAGGUGUCCUGUGGGUGGAUGCAAAGAGCAUAUCACCGAGUCCGACCUCCACACCGACUCGGUCUUAAUACGCAAGAUUCGGCGCAUUCAACGGGCAGCGGCCGCCGACGAAGACGAGGACGGAGGGGACGAGAAGAUGGAUGAUGACGCGUUUGAUGAAUUGGAAGAUGAUGACGAGGUGGCCGCCGUACGGCAGAGGAAGAUUCGAAGAGGCACAACUGUGCCGCCAAAGACCGAACCGCGGAAUAGCGGCGUCACAGGGAGGCCUAGUGUUUCUGAGAGGAGUAGUGGGGUGACGCAGACUGUUGAUUUGGGAAGCGAUACGGAGGAGUAAAUUGGACGAAGUCCGAGCGAUCCAGUCGCAAGGGAUGGUUGAUGAUUAUCAGUCAAACAGCAUGGCCCUGUCGUCAGUUCGGAUGAAUGGCCGGCCACGCAGCGAAUAUCAAGUUCUAUAAGGGGAUAUGUCCAAUGUCGCCUGGAACGUCAUUCAUCCUAUUUACUCUUGAUCUGAUCUUUCAUCUUCCAGACUACCAUCAACGUCACCAAUUGAAUACUACAGUGAUUUGAGUGCGGCCACUUGCACCCACCAGGAGAAAGCACACAGCUAGCUGUACCCUAACGACCAAGCCACCAGAGAUGUUAUAUUCCACCCCGUCGCCGUUAUUAGGGCCUGGAGCACGCGUCCGCUCAACAACAAUUCAGAGCACCCAGCCCCGUAUGGAAGAAG